AAUCACAGGGGCGGCCCCUGGGAGGAGGAAGGAAGAUCCCUAUGGCUUACCAUAAAGAAGGCCUGUGGCCAACGGCAGAGGACCAGGCGCCCCAGGCCAUGAAGCUCCCUCUGUCCUUGAUGCUGCUGUCCCUGUUGGCAGGGCACAGCGAGGCCGACACCCGCGCCAUCGGAGCCAGGGAAUGCCCGCGCCACUCACAGCCCUGGCAGGCCGGCCUAUUCUACCUGACCCGGCCCCUGUGCGGAGCCACGCUAGUCAGUGAUCGCUGGCUACUUACCGCUGCCCACUGCCGCAAGUCGCACCUGUGGGUCCGUCUAGGGGAGCACAACAUCUGGCAGGUAGAAGGCCCUGAGAAGCUGCUCCUGGCCACGGAUUUCUUCCCCCAUCCUGGGUUCAAUUCAGACCUCACUGCCAAUGACCACAACGAUGACAUCAUGCUGAUCCGGCUACCCAGGAGGGUCCAGCUGAGUCCUGCUGUGCAGCCCCUCAACCUCAGCCAGAGCCUGCCCACCCCGGGCACCCAAUGCCUCAUCUCUGGCUGGGGGAGUGUGUCCACCCCCAAGAUGAAGUACCCGCUCACGCUGCAGUGCGCCAACAUCAGUAUACUGGACAACAGGCUCUGUCGCCGGGCCUACCCAGGCCACAUCUCUGACAAGAUGCUGUGUGCCGGCCUAUGGGAGGGAGGCCGUGGCUCCUGUCAGGGUGACUCUGGGGGACCUCUGGUGUGCAACGGGACCCUGGCAGGCAUAGUGUCUGGAGGGUCUGAUCCUUGCUCCAGACCUCAGCGACCUGCUGUCUACACCAGCGUAUAUCACUACAUAGACUGGGUUCAAAAAACCAUGGAUGAUAAUUACUGAAUCCUCAAGGGAAAGACAGCCCGGAGAGGAAGACGGACAGGAAUAUACUGCAGGGCUCCACAGCCCGGUGUCCAGGCCCUUGACCUCCAGCCAAUAGGCUAAGCUGUAAACACUGAGGUUCCCCCCCCCCCCGCCAGGCCC